GAACAUCGCCAUCGUCAUCGUUGUCGUCAACGAGAACGCCAACGAUCGCAUCAGCAAGAACAAACGCAAAAGCAGGAACUCUUUAUCUCUCGUUGGAAGCAGAAGCAGCCGCAAUAGCCGCAACAGCAGCAAGAACAACAGCGUGAGCUAAAGCACCAGAGAUAUCACACCAUACAACCCAAAUUCUUUUUUUGUCUCGUCUCGUUUCGGAAUCGCGAAGAGAACCCAACAUGCGCAACACGACAAUCGGCAACGACCACCGCCGGCGUGGUCUCAAGCGGGAGCUCUCUCCGGGAGCGAAGGAAGGGGCGUCGCUCGGCCCGGAACGGGAAGACCGUCCCUCAAAAGGGCUCGCCCGGAAGGGGCGCCAGGGCCGAUCGGGUUCGUCGCCCCUUCGGUUUUCCUCGUUUGCCGCCUCGUGGCUCCUCCUCGCGGCGUGUCUCUGUUCCUCCGUGACGAGGGUCGCUUGCAGCGACGACGCCUAUGGUUAUUACGGCAGCAACAACGACGAUGCAUCGAACAACAAUUACAACAACAACUAUUACGGCGGCAACAACUAUAACAAUAACAAUAACAACUACAACAACAAUGGAAACAAUUACGGUGGAAACUACAACAACAACUACAACGGUAAUAACAAUAACAACAACGACGAUGGAGGCAACAACUACAACUACAACGGUAAUAACAACAAUGACGACGCGAACGCUAAUGCGAACGACGACGCGAACAACGUCGACUAUUACGAUUACGAAGCACCCGGCUACGACGACGAAUACAACAAGCAAUGGGAAGACGACAACAUCGAUCUCGAUGUCGACGGCUUUGACGGGGUCAGCAUUGCUCCCGUGAGCUGUGUCAAUUAGUAAGUGAAACAAGCCGAAUUGACUUGGUGUUGGUUCGAUUCGAUUCGAUUGAGAUAAGUUAAGCUUUCGCUAGUCGAGCCGAGCAGAGCUGGAAUGCGGAGAUUUGGUGUUUCCUACCAUGUUGUGUUUUACGAUUUGGCAUCCUCUCUUGAAAUGAAAGUCCAACUCAAAUCACUCGUCUUUACUUUCUUCGCUACUCGUCACAAAUUGUCUAUUCCGGUACAACAAUCAUUUAUGUAACCACAGUCUCACCGGACAUUUUAUCAAGUUCGAGCUGUACGAGACAGAAAAUAGCUAUCAGUGCCACUUUGGUCAAAUCGGAACUUUUGUUGUCAGCAUUGCUCAUUAUAUGCGUGCUUAUUUCAAUUACCAGGCUCUCACAUACGGAAAUGCAUUCAGUCUUCCGGACGAUGUUGGCUAUCUCAAUUGCAUUCCUCUGAAAAUGGAAAAAUAUGGAUACGGAGACGAUGAUGUGAAUGGAGACGACGCUAGUGGAGACGACGCAAAUGGAGACGAUGCUGCGGAAGACCAAGACCAGGAAAGCGGUGACGAAGACGAAAACGAAAGCGGACAAGCGGUUCUCUACGCAAAGGUUGGGUGUCUGGCCAAGGAAACGUUUAGCUCCAACACCUUUCAGCUGCACCUCUACACGGACGACAAGUGCACGGAACCCUACGACGAUGGACAAACCGACCAGCAGCACGCCAACAAGGGGUAUCUAAUCGAUCUCGAUACAUACUACGAUGCCAAGGACGGCGACGAUGCUGCACAGGACGAUGGCAUUCGGUACACGGAUUAUCCCCAGGACAAGCGCACCCUCCUCUUUUCUACCAAGGUCAGCUUUCGCCCUAGUUUUUAUACCUGCCAAUCCUGCAAGCCACCCCAGAUCAGUCAAACCUUCAACAAAUUCGCCGGAAACUACUACGACGACAUGUUUAUUAGUCAAUACGGCAUGACACAAUCGGCCUACAACGCCUACCUCGAAGAGAAGGCGGAACAAGAGGCGGCAGCGGCGGAGUGCAACAAUUGCCAAUACUUUCAUUACAGUGCCGACGAUAGCGUAGACGACUUUAGCAGCGUCAAUGACGACGGUAGUUCCGCUAACGACGACGUACAGGCAUUGGACGACGCGUACUACAAUGCAGUAGACGACUACAGCUACCAAUCCAGCAACAACUACAACAACGGGAACGAUGAUGGCAAUGGUAGAAGACUAACUUCAACAACAACGACGAUGACGAGCGACGAACCCAGGCGACUGGGAGAAGUCCCAUCAGCAGUCACAAAAGAACUCUCCUCGGCGCUGGUUCCGGUGCAAUCGGAACUAGAGGUAGGUUUCCAGAAAUGUUUUUUUGCCACAGAGCAUUCUUUAGUUUGUUUAUGUAUAAGAUACUGAUCUUGAUUUUGUUUUCGAUUGCUUUUCUCUACCUUACUCGAAUGCAAUUGAUGCACAGAAAUUCGAAUCGGAAUUCUGGACGUCUGUGGAUGCCCAGUUGGAAGAUCGAGAACGAUUCCUAUACGAGAACAAAUACGGCGGAGUCGAUUCGUGGAACAUUUGCGAGCAGGUGUACAAAUACGGCUUGUAUUGCGACGAAGAAUGCCAGAGCCUCGACGCCUUUAAAACCGACCAGUGGUCCGGCGCCAACAUUGUCCUCCUGAGCAUCAUGUGCACCUUUAUGGGGGCCAUGGUUAUGCUGGUUGUGUCCAAGCGACUCAACGCCGCCCGAAAGGCCCGAAGGCAAAAGUCCUUCUUUGAUGCGAACGACUUUGAUAUGUCGGCGUCCGGGAUCGACACGUCGUCGAUACCGGGGCUGCCACCGAUGGCCAUGUUUACGAUGUUUGGUGCCGUCAUGGUCAUCAUCACCGUGCUGGCCUCGCUGCACUUUGUCAAUGAGACACUCGUCUUUGCCGUGGUGUGCUGCAUCCUGCUCUUCAUCUAUAUGCUCAAGAUCACGCUGUUCUCGGCCAGGAAACGACCCGUCCUGCUGACAAGCCCGAACCACGAGGACGUCUUUGGCUAUAACAAUGCCGACGACGACUUUAGCCAAUCGGGGAGGCGCGGUUUCUUCUCGUAGGUCCUCCGAAUCGAAUCGAAUCGAUUCUAUCUAUUAUCUAUAUCAUUCAAGUUGCUUUUUUAGACAAUGCUUUACACGUGACUU